AUGCCUAAUCUAUUACUCGAUUGUUUGCCAGUUGAAAUAUUUUAUGAAAUCUUAUCGUAUCUCUCUGGUGGUCACAUAUUAAAAGCAUUUCAUUCGUUAAAUAACCAUUUUAAUAAUAUUCUCAUUGGAUAUGAUCAUUAUAUUUUGGAUUUAUCCGCAUCGGACAUAAGUAAAAAAGAAUUUGAUCUAAUUUGUUCAUUUCUACGUUCAGAACAAAUUGUUGGCUUGCAAUUUGGUCGAAAUUAUUUUGAUUUAGUCAAUCGAUUUAUAUCAAAUUUUUCAAAUCGACAAUCAUUAAAUCGUCUUCGGUCAUUAUGGAUUGAUGAUACAAUCUUAAUUGAUCAAUUAUUUCUCACAAGAUUAGUAUCAAUCAUCGACUUAAAUAAACUUGUGUCAAUUCGUUUCGAUCGUAUUUAUCUGAAUCACUUCAAUACAUCAUCGAGAUAUACAUUUGAUUCCUUAAAACAUCUUGUUUUAUGUUCGAGUCGUCAAUUUCGUCUAUUAUCGAAACAAAUUCCGACUCAUCUAACGUUUUUACAUAUAUUUUCUGAUUCGAUUAAUGUUAUGGAUCAAUUUAUUCGUUCGAAUAUGCGCCAACUAAAAUCACUUGGUAUUGGUCUACACUGUGAUUCAAACAAUAUUCAACAAUUUACGAAAGCAUUCAGUAAUUAUCAAUGGACACAUCUAAUUCAAUUUAAUCUCCGUUUAAAUGUCGAUCUAGAUACACCGUUCAAGACAAUGCGUCAAAUCUUAUCCAAGAUGUAUCGAUUGAGAUAUCUGACAUUAAUAUUAAGGAAACCAUUGGCAACGAAUAAUCAUCUAUUGGACGGAAUUCGAUGGGAAUCAUUUCUAUCAACAUCGUUGUUGUAUUUGAAAACAUUCAAUUUUCAAUUUUCGAUUAUGGAAAAAUCGAAAGGCAAAAUCCGUCGUCUUUUACGUCGAUUUCGUUCAAAAUGGUGGUUGCAGACGAAACAAUGCGUAACUGUACCACUUCGAAGUGAUGAAUUACGUAAUUUAGUUUGUGUUUAA